UAUAACGUCACGAUAGGGGCGGCGGGACUCGAGUGUCAACAAACUGAUGCGCUUUAGGCAGCAGAACAACGUUUGAAAAACUUCCAAUGAAGUCAUCGCUGAGGAUUAGAUUUAGCAUUUGAAAAUGGCACAGUUUGGAUUAUGUGCACUGCUCCUGUUCUCUGGACUGGUUCAUCAUAUCAAAAGCCAUAUUAGAAAGGAGGACAAAACUGGUGAGACGGAACGACCCAAUUUCAUCAUUAUCUUAGCCGAUGAUAUCGGGUGGGGUGACCUCUGGGUGAACAGGCCUGAUAACUUCACACCGACACCCUGGCUGGACUCAUUAAUGCUGAAGGGCAAAAGAUUCACAGACUUCCACUCUCCUGCCUCCACGUGCUCACCGUCACGCGCUGCCAUCCUGACCGGAAGACACGGGCUGCGCAAUGGUGUCACUCACAAUUUUGCAGUACAGUCAGUUGCUGGAAUGCCACUUAAUGAGACAACAUUUGCUCAGCUCCUGCAUGAGGCAGGUUAUUAUACAGCAAUGAUCGGAAAAUGGCACCUUGGACACAAUGGUUCCUACAAUCCUGUUCAUAGAGGUUUUGACUAUUACUUCGGUAUUCCUUAUAGUAAUGACAUGGGCUGUACUGAUGAACCAGGCCUCGAUCUUCCCAGCUGCCCACCCUGCAUCCUUAAUCAAUAUACUACCAGGAAGCAUGAAGGAUGCUACACUCAAGUGGCACUACCUCUGUUUGAAAAUGAGACAAUAAUUGAACAACCUUUGGAUACAUGGAGCCUUAAAGACAGAUAUGCCAGAGUGGCAGUCAAGCAGAUAUUUACAGCCAGCAUUUCUAAGAAGCAGCCGUUCCUGCUGUAUGUGGCUCUUGCUCACAUGCAUGUCCCACUGUUCCAUAACACCUUCCUAAACGUCACGACGCAAGAUCCUUACACAGCCAGCCUCAGUGACAUGGACUCAUUGGUGGGGACAAUCAUCCAGGCAGUCAGCACGGAGCAGCUGGAAAACACAUUGAUAUGGUUCACUGGUGACAAUGGACCGUGGGAGCAGAAAUGCCAGUUUUCUGGGCAUGUUGGACAGUUUGUUGGAAGAUGGCAGACAAGCAGAGGUGGUGGCUCAGCCAAGAGAACCACAUGGGAAGGAGGUCAUAGAGUUCCCACAGUGGUCACAUGGCCUAAAAAGAUCAAACCCAACAGCACCAGCAAUGCCCUGCUGAGUGGUCUGGAUAUCUUCCCAACCAUCCUCUCCCUCGCUGGUGUGAAACCACCAUCGGAUCGACGCUAUGACGGCAUUGAUAUAACAUACAUUCUGCUCAACGACUCUGACGAAGGGCAUAGGAGUCUCAUGCAUCCAAACAGCGGCGCUGCAGGACAGUUCGGGGACCUUCAAACCGUCAGGCUCAAACACCACAAGGCUUUUUACAUCACAGGUGGAUCAGUGGCGUGUGGUGGAGGAAGUGGACAACAGCAGUAUCACGACCCACCCCUGAUAUUUGACCUCUCUCAGGACGAGGCAGAAGAGACCCCUCUGAACCCCGAGAGUGAAGAGUACAGAUCUGUCCUGAAGCAAGUGGAAAGAGAGAGGGAGGCUCUGCUAUGGGACAUGGCCACAGACAGGGUAUCUUCGGCCGACUACACCAUGAUUCCGUCUGCAGUCCCCUGCUGUCAGCCAAACCACCCUGCCUGCCGAUGUCACGGUCUGAAAUGAGGUCAGUUGACAGCCUUGAACUCGGCACUGUUUGUCAGUGUGUUUGAUCCUAUCAACAUAUUGAAAGCACUGUCAUUUUAUACACGGAGAAGAGCAUAGUUCAAAUAUUGAGUGCAAUUUCCCAGAAAACCACACUACUUUAUUAAGAAUAUGCUGAUGUGUAAAGUUAAGUCUGCGGAACAGGAAACUAUAGAUGUGCAAGAUGUUUUAAUACUUUUGUAUCCUGCCAGUUCAUGAUGAGCUAGACCAAGAAUUUUCAAAUCAGGGUCUACAGUCCCCUAGGGGCCUGUAAGGGGGCACUUGGGGGUCCUUUUUUAACACAGAUACUGAUUUUUAUAUUACUGUUUGAUUGUGUUUUCUAAAAACUGGUCAGAAAUCAAACUCAUUUUUUCAGCUGUAAGAAAUUAAUUUUAUUUAUGCAUCUUACAUUCAUUAAUUUGAUCAUAUUAUUUUUAUAUUAAUGACAAAAUAUAUAUAACAUAGUAGCAACAUUUAUAGUAGUAGUGUCAUAAAUUGCGUAACAGCUGGCUUUCCCUUUCCCUAGUUUGAUAUCCUGUCUCCAUCUUGUGGUAAUACUGUUGCCAUAACUGUGAUCGCAUAACUUACAUUAAUAUUUCAGAAAGUAAUAUGGUAUUAUGUUUGGUUAAUUACUUUGAAAAUAUGUUGAUUCUGUCACUUGAUUGAUAGCACCACCACCACAAACAAAUCCAUUAAUUACAUUUCCAGGAUUACUGACAAAAUAAAAAAAAAAUGUAUUUGAAUUUUAAACAUUGACCCACUUUAUCCAAUUCAUGCUUUCACAUAAUUUCACAUAAAAGUACUAAUCUUGUAUUUUGUAAGGCAUCUUUUAAGGCUGGAAUACACUACACACUACCUGACAUUCAAGUCAUUAAAAACAGAACAAGCUAACGCAGAAACACGUGCCUUGUUGCUAUACGAGAUGCGUGACAAAUGAAAACAAUGCGUUCUAAAAUCGGCUCAAAAGAUCUAACAUGUUUGAUAUCCUCCAAAUGGAUGGACUCAAACUUUAAACUCAUACAUUACACAAAUUUCUGUGAAAUCGGUCAAAUCAAAUCUGCAGACCGGCUCUGACUUUCAGAAACUAGCAUCAAUUUGUCCAGACUGAAAAUCUGGGCAAAAGUCAUGUAGUGUAUUUCAGGCUGUAGUCGAAAAUGCUUUUGGCUGCUUCAAUGCGACAUACUUGGUCAUUAGAUAAUAAAUAUAAUUGUAUCAGUUGGUAUAGUGAAUUGUUGUUCCAUUGUGUUUUCUCAUGGAUCAGAGAGAAUACAGUUUCAUUUUAGCCACUUUGUCUUUAUUGGUUUGCUGUUAGUAAACACACAGGUGAAUCCAAACAUACAGCGAUGAGCACCUGUAGAAUGUAGUCGAGCCUGACAGGUGUGGUGGCUCUUCAAAUGAAUGACGUGAUGCCAAGAAUGUUCUUCCACUCUUCACAACUAAGAAUAAAAUGCAGAACUUCAAACUGUAACCUAAAAAUCCUUUAAAAACAUACAAAUUAUAAUUUAGAUUUAAUUUUUUUGUAAUAAUGCAAUUGUGCAUUCCUAAUCAUCUUACUGUGCUCAUCUGCAAAGCAAAUAACACCUGUGUGUGAUAAGAGAUCCCCCUUUUUUAAGGAAAUAAAGAAGUUCUCUUUCCUGUUAAUCAACAAUAAAUCCCUUUUGAGUACGUUUCUGUUCAAUGUAACAUCACAGCAGAGUAUAGACAAACAGUCAAUGAGCACCUUGUGCAAUAUUAAGAGAAGGAAAAUAAAGUACUUUACCAUUGCAAACAAUGUGCACUGCAAUUUCUAAUGUAUCUGGGUUUUUCCUUAGAGCAUAAAGAAAAUUAGUGUUUUGACCUAGGAAAUUAAAUACCAAAGACGACACACUCUCAACAACUACACUAAUGCUGAACAGAUAGUAGUAAAUUCUGUCAUAAUUUACUCACCCCAAUGGGAGUUACAAACCUGUAUGACAUUCUCUAUUCAAAGUGAACACAAAAGAUGAUAUUUUGAAGGUUUUUGUCUAUACAAUAAAUGUCAAUGGGGUCCAAAAAAAACUUUUUCCAAAUAUUUUCUUGCGUUUCACACAAGAACGUCCUAUAGGUUUGGAAUAACACAAGGGUGAGAAAAUGAUGACAGAAUUUUUGGGUGAACUUUCCCCAAACUUCCACCAGAGCAAACAUGCAACAUAUUUUUACCGUUGGUAAAAUAGG